UUGUACACGGCGCUAUAACCCAGAAGACAACCAUCUUCGUACUCACCGCCCCGAGAACCUCAGGUCAUACAAAUGUUCUCAGAUUCUUUUAGACUCUAGGGGGAAGAAGACUGUUAAGAAAUGUAAGUCUUUGUUGAAUUUCCCAUCAGUAAAACUGCUGGCAUUGUGCAGACACAAAUAUGGCAAACAAAGUACGAACACAUUAAAGGAAGGUUGGACAAGUUUGCUUAAACCUGGGAAACGAUGUUGCCAACUUAAAGUUACGGGUUAUAACAAUAUGAAUAAACUGUAAUAAGCCACAGAAACAGAAGGAUGAAGAUAGUGUAUGUAAUUGGCACAAGUGCAAAAAUAUUAAAUAUCUGUUCAUCCCGUUUUGUAAGUCAGAUUAGAAAAAAUCAUACUGAGAUAUACAAAUGGCCUCAGCGUGUGUUUUCUGGUAUCCAACCGACAGGUUCGAUGCAUUUAGGAAAUUAUUUUGGUGCUGUUCAAAGGUGGGUUGAGAUGCAGAAUGCUGGAGAAGAUGUGAUUUAUAGUAUUGCAGAUUUACAUUCAAUUACACUUCCCCAAGAUCCAAAGCAACUUCACUCAGACAUUCUGAAGAUGGCAGCAACAUUAUUGGCUUGUGGUAUAGACCCAGACAAGAGUAUACUUUUCCAGCAAUCGAGAGUACCUGAACAUACUCAGUUGUGCUGGACACUUGGAUGCCUCACUACAAUGCCAAGGCUUGCACACAUACCAACAUACAAAGAAAAAUCUGCAUCUUUGAAGGAAAUUCCUUUAGGGUUAUAUGUGUACCCUGUUCUGCAGGCUGCUGAUAUAUUACUUUAUAGAGCAACCCAUAUUCCGGUAGGAGAAGACCAGGUGCACAAUUUACAAUUGGUGCAGCAUUUAGCCAAAAUUUUUAAUAAUCGUUAUGGACACACCUUCCCCAUACCAAAAGCAGUUAUUGAAGAUUCUUCCAUUAGUAGAUUGAAGAGUUUGCGUGAUCCAUCUAAAAAAAUGUCAAAAUCUGAUCAAGAUCCCAGAAGUCGCGUAGAAGUUACAGACACACCCGAAGACAUACUAGAAAAGUGUAAGAAAGCUUUGACAGAUUUCACUUCUGAAGUUACAUUUGAUCCAGAGAAUCGUCCUGGUGUUUCCAACCUAAUAACAAUCCAUUCUCUGUUUACUGGCCUGCAGCCAGCAGAGAUCUGUGAACAGAAUGUAUGCCUGGAUACUGGCAGAUACAAGCUUGUCGUGGCUGAAGUUAUUCAAGAAAAACUGGCACCUCUUCGACAGAGAGUUCAAGAAUAUAUGUCAGAACCACAAUAUAUAGAACAAGUUUUACAGAAAGGAUCAGAAAAAGCAUCAGUAAUAGCAAAACAAACAUGGAAAGAUGUCAAAACAAGAGUAGGACUUGGAAUUAUUGAGGAUGCAUACAGUAGUCAUCAGUUGUCAAAGAAAGGGGUACAGUGAAUUUGAAUAUAAAAUUUGGUGGUCCAGUGCACAGAACUUGUAAAAUUAAAGCCUUCCAUUUGAAUUCAGGCUAGCAGGCUACUAGUGCAAGUCACCUUCAUGUGCCUCAUUUUUCCACUCAGAAACAUGUCUGUAUAUUUUCACAUCAGGUCUUUUCUUUUCUAUGCUUUACCUUAUAUCUUCAUAUGCUAUUACUUUGGUUUCACCUUACACUCUCACCAUAUGUUAUUUAUAGUAAAUGUGCUGUACUGUUGUGGUACUAAGUGUUUGUCAAGGCAUUAAGCAAGAAAUUAAAACACUCGGCUAGACGUAACAGUUUAACACUGUUUUAGAGUAUGAAAUUAAAAAUUGCUGUUACUUAG